CAAAAAAAAAAAAAAAGGAGAAAAAUGGGGGAAAUAAAUAAUCGGGGUUUUAAUUGGGUCAAUCUUUCGUCUUUGUUUUUUUCUUCUAUUGCAAGCUGAAGAAACAUAACUUAAAAACCCAGUCUGCUUCAGAAACACGAGGGAAAAUCCAGAGAGAGAGAGAGAGAGAAAAAAAAAAAAAAAACAAGAAGAAGAAGAAGAAGAAGAGAUAUGAAGGGGAGAGAGGAGAGGGAAGAAGAUGAGAAGGGGUUGAUAUGGAAGCUUCCGGUGGUGAAAUCUAAGCAUCUUGGGAAGGUGGGUCCCGCCUUCGGUAUCGGUGCUGGCUGCGGUGUCGGCUUCGGCGUUGGUCUCCUCGGCGGUGCAGGUUUUGGUCCUGGAAUUCCUGGCUUUCAAGUUGGCCUUGGAUUUGGUGUUGGAUGUGGGGUUGGCUUAGGAUUUGGCUAUGGUGUGGGAAAGGGCAUUGCUCAGGAUGAGAAUCGCAGAUAUUCUAAUGUUGGAAAUAUUUAUAAUGUCUCUGGGGAUUUUCCUACUCAAGAGAUUGGUGCACUUGUGGAUGAGCUUAUUGAUAACACCAAGAAGCUUCUGAGAGCUACUUCGAAAGAAGUUGACAAGUGGCGAAGAUGAAUAUGUUUACUUAAUUUACUGAAAAUUGUUAAAAUUGUUGUUUUAGCUUGGUCUAUAUAUGUGCGUGCAUGAGAGACUUGUUCCAUUUCAGAUAUGAAAAUACAUGUAGCUUACCAUUUA